GCUGCUUUGUUCUCAGACAAAGUUAAAGGAUAAAGGCAAACAUGGAGCGUAGCUGUUUGUGGAGUUCUUUAUUAUUUCUGCAAGUUUGUUGUUUCACUUCGGUCGGUGUAUCAGAAAAUCAGUGGAAGAAAAUUAGACGAACAAUUUCAGAAGCUGUGAAAGAGUUCACUCCAUGUAGUCCCGUCAACUGUAGCUGUCAUAGUAGUGUCUUAGAACGUGACCUGGAGCCUUUUAAAGGAGGAGUCUCUGAAGAUCUGAUGGCAGCUACGAUUCAGAGGGGGGUGGGGACCCACUACCAGAUCAUCGGACACAAGCUGUUCAGAGACAGUAACUGCAUGUUUCCUGCUCGGUGCAGCGGAGUGGAACAUUUCCUCCUGGAGAUGAUUGACAGGCUGCCAGAUGUGGAGAUGGUGGUAAAUGUGAGAGAUUAUCCUCAGGUCCCCCAGUGGGUGCAGCCGAGUCUCCCAGUCUUCUCCUUUAGUAAGACGUCGGAAUACCGGGACAUCAUGUACCCAGCAUGGACAUUCUGGGAGGGCGGGCCCGCCGUGUGGCCCAUUUACCCCACCGGACUGGGAAGAUGGGAUCUGAUGAGGGAUGAGCUGAAAAGGUCUUCAGCACAGUGGCCCUGGAAGAAGAAAGAAUCCAAAGGAUUCUUUAGAGGCUCCAGGUCUUAUUUACAGCUUUUGUUUAAAUGCAUUAGUCUCUUACAUCACUUAAUAAUCGUGGUUAGGAUGAAAGUUUUCCCCCGUCUGCUUUCCCGCUGCAGAACCAGCUCGGAACGUGACCCGCUCAUCCUCCUGUCCAGAGAGGCUCCUGAGCUGGUGAACGCUGAGUACACCAAGAACCAGGCGUGGAAGUCGGAGAAGGACACCCUCGGGAAGCCUCCAGCUAAAGAGGUCCCCCUGGUGGAUCACUGCAAAUACAAGUAUUUGUUUAACUUCCGCGGCGUGGCGGCGAGUUUCCGCCUCAAGCAUCUCUUCCUCUGUGGCUCGCUGGUUUUCCACGUGGGAGACAAGUGGCAGGAGUUCUUCUACCCUCAGCUGAAGCCCUGGGUGCACUACGUCCCCGUCCAACAGGACCUGUCCAAUGUCAGAGAGCUCCUGCAGUUCGUCAAAGAGAACGACGCCGUCGCUCAGGAGAUCGCCGAAAGAGGUAAGGACUUCAUCCUUCGUCACCUGCGGAUGGAGGACGUCUCCUGCUACUGGGAGAGACUCCUCACAGAGUUCAGCCGGCUUCUCGCCUACAAACCCAGCAGGAAGAGCAGCUACAAGCAGAUCAUCCAGAAACCCAACAGAGCCGAGCUGUGAGGGACUCGGCACCGUGUCCUCACCGAUGCCAAAACCUAGAUAGAGAUAGUUUUAGGUGAGAAAAGACUUCAGAUGCUGCUGUUUCUUCAUUAGGGGGAGCUACCACAUACUCAAAGAAAGGUGAACUAGACCAAUGAGGCUGUCAGGGUGCAUCAUGGGAACUUCCUACAUCACAGUAUUGAGUUUUAUUGUGAUUUAUUUACUAUAUUUGGUUGCUUAUGUGAACAAAUCAGUUUUUAUGACCAUUAAACCACAGAAAUCUAAUAAAGAUGUCACACACCGCCUCCUACUGUACAACUGCAGCUGAAUGUUUAGUCUGUUACAGAAUAAGACUUUAGGAUGUUCAAAUGUUGACACAAAGUGCUAAUAACGAGCAAUAAUUUUAGAUCUAUGUGUUUGUUUUUACUCUAGUUUCAAAGAAACUUGUGUCACUUAAGUUUACUGUAUUAAAUAAAGGAGUUGAGGGUAAAAGCAGGAUUAAGUUGAAUAUGUUGUAGUAUUCACGUUAUCCUGUCAACCACGAGGUUCCCACUAGUUUUUUACAAAUAUUAGCCACAUCUGUGUUCCUGAUUUUGAACAAAUAAAGCUGCGAUCAAGUUUUAGUUUGAUAUCUGAAGUUUUCUUAUUACAAUAAAACCAUUAAACACGAAUUCUGCAAUGUGUUUUUAUAAUUAAUAUGGAUUUACAAUUUCACUGUUUACCCUUUACUCAGAUUUUGUAUCUAUGCUUGUUUUUGUACAUACUGUAGUUUUCCAUGGUGUUUGGAGAAUAAACAUUGUAAAAUUGCA